AUAAUCUCAAGGUACACAUGCGCACUCACACGGGAGAGAAGCCGUAUGCGUGCGAUAUAUGUGAACACAGAUAUAGGACCCUCGCUCAUCUCAAGCUACACAUGCGCACUCACACGGGAGAGAAACCGUUUGUGUGCGACACAUGUGAAUACAGGUGUGUGACGUCUAGUAUACUCAAGAGACACAUGCACACUCACACGGGAGAGAAGCCGUAUGCGUGCGAUAUAUGUGAACACAGAUAUAGGACCCUCGCUCAUCUCAAGCUACACAUGCCCACUCACACGGGAGAGAAACCGUUUGUGUGCGACACAUGUGAAUACAGGUGUGUGACGUCGAGUAUACUCAAGGUACACAUGCGCACUCACACGGGAGAGAAACCAUUUGCAUGCGACAAGUGUGAAUACAGGUUUAGGACCUCCGCUAGUCUCACGAUACACAUACGCACUCACACGGAAGAGAGGCCGUAUGCGUGCGAUAUAUGUGAACACAGAUAUACUACCCUUAGAAUUCUCAAGGUACACAUGCGCACUCACACGGGAGAGAAACCAUUUGCAUGCGACAAGUGUGAAUACAGAUUUAGUACCUCCGCUAGUCUCACGAUACACAUACGCACUCACACGGGAGAGAAACCGUUUGCAUGUGAGAGAUGUGAUUAUAAGUGCACGACCUCCUCUGCUAUCAAGAGACACAUGCGCACUCACACGGGAGAGAAACCAUUUGCAUGCGACAAGUGUGAAUACAGGUGUAGGACCUCCACUAAUCUCAUGACACACAUGCGCACUCACACGGGAGAGAAGCCAUUUGCGUGUGACAAGUGUGGAUGCAAGUUUACUGCCUGCAGUUCACUGAAUAAACACCGGCGCACUCAUUCAAAACCGAGCGCGUGAUACACGCAUCUAUGCAGGGCAAAUACAUAAACCAGGACUGCAUCAAAUCGUAUAGCAUGACCGUAUCACAUUGUCUAAAACAAUCCUGCUGUGUGCCGGGAUAAAUCGCGCUGCCAUCCUUCGUAGUCUCUUAUAGUUCAGUGGUCUGUCCUUUUCUCUUUUUGUCCUUGUUCGUGCACGUCACCAGUUUUCGGGGCACACCCUGAUUCUGUGAACCACCGACGGAACUCCACCCCACAGAGCAGCCGAUACGGCCGCUGCUACAUAGCCGCCGCCACGGAGGAGCCGUCGCAGGGCCGUCCACCGCCCGCCGCCUCCAGAGAGCUAC